GUCAAACAAACAACAAACAAUUGAUACGAGCAAGGGAGCCAUGGAUCUGGCAACGGGCGCCAUGGGCUCCCUGCUCCCCAAGCUGGUCGAGCUCCUCAAGGAUGAGUACAAGCUUAAGGAGAGCGUCAAGGAAGGCGUCAAGUCUCUUGAGAAAGAGAUGAAGAGCAUGCAAGCUGCCCUCCGCAAGGUGGCCGAGGUGCCGCAUGACCAGCUCGAGGAGCAGGUCAAGCUAUGGGCGGGCGAGGUGAGGGAGCUGUCCUUUGACAUGGAGGAUACCGUCGAUAAAUUCCUUGUGCGUGUUGAUGAGGAAUCUGAGUCUUCAACCAAGUCGAAUAAGCUCAAACAACUGAUGAAGAAGAUGGCCGGCCUGUUCACCAAGGGGAAGGCUCGCCAUGAGAUUGCGGAUGCGAUCAAGGACAUCAAUAAGCAAGUCCAAGAGGUCGCUGAUAGGCGUGCAAGGUACAAUGUCGACAAUAUUGUCGCUCGGCCUGAAGUCGUGACACUUGAUCCCCGCCUUCGAGCUCUGUACAUGGAAGUGACGGACCUUGUUGGCAUUUCUGGAAAAAGGGACCAAGAGCUGAUGAAUUUGUUGUCCGGGGGAGACGACAUGUCCAAGACAACGUUGAAAAUUGUCUCCGUUGUUGGAUUUGGAGGAUUGGGCAAGACCACUCUUGUCAAAACGGUUUAUGACAAGAUCAAAGAAGAUUUCCAUUGCAGGGCUUUUGUUUCUGUCGGUAGGAAUGGCACCGCAAAAAAGGUUUUAGUGGACAUCCUUCUUGCUCUUAAAAUCUAUGAAAGUCAUUUCACCAUAUUUAAUGAAACACAACUCAUUGAUGAGGUCCGGGAACGUCUCAAAAACAAGAGGUACCUCAUUGUAAUUGAUGAUAUAUGGGAUGAAAAAUUGUGGACAGUUAUCAAUUGGGCAUUCUCUAAGGGUAACAAUUUUGGUAGUCGGCUAAUCACAACUACUCGUAUAGUCAGUGUAUCUAAAUUAUGUUGCUCGUCUGCUAAUGAUGAAGUUUAUCAAAUGGAACCUCUUAGUGAUGAUGAUUCCAAAAUGCUCUUCCAUAAACGGAUAUUUUCUCAAGAGAGUGGAUGUCCUCGUGAAUUUGAAGAAGUGUCUAGAGAUAUAUUGAAGAAAUGUGGUGGUGUGCCAUUAGCCAUCAUUACGAUAGCUAGUAUUUUGGCUAGUGACAAGAAAAUAAAUUCACUGGAUGAGUGGAAGGUUUUGCUAGAGUCUAUUGGUCGUGGACUUACCAAAGACCACAGUGUAGAGGAGAUGUUGAGAAUACUAUCAUUUAGCUAUUAUGACCUACCUUCCCAUCUGAGAACAUGCUUACUAUAUCUAAGCAUGUUUCCGGAAGAUCAUAAGAUCAUGAAAGCUCAGUUGAUAUGGAUGUGGAUUGCCGAAAGGUUUAUCCAAUGUGAAGAUGCACAAAGUAGUCUAUAUGAGAUCGGACAAAAUUACUUCAAUGAGCUUGUGAAUAGAAGUCUGAUACAGCCGGUAUACAGUAGUGAUGAUGGCCUUGCAAAUGCUUGCCGUGUACAUGAUAGUGUGCUUGAUCUAAUUUGUUCCUUGUCAGUGGAAGAGAAAUUUGUUACUAUAGUGAAUGGUAGUUGUGAUACCAUGUCUUGUCAGGGCAUCAUCCGUAGGUUGUCCAUCCAAAAUGUUAGAAAAGAAGAAGAUCAAACCAGGCCUCUUAGACCUGAGAGUAUAGCACAAGUGAGGUCUAUUGCUACAUUUGCAUCACCUGCGAUAGAUCUACUGCCGUCUUUGUCUAACUUUGCUGUUUUGCGUGUAUUACAUUUGGAUGGAUAUAUUGGUUCUCUAGGGUACCAUCUUAACCCUGGAGAAUUAGGGAGUUUACUUCACUUGAGGUACCUACAUCUAUGUGGAACAGGAUUUGACAAGUUGUUGGAAGAGAUUGGAAAGUUGCAGUUUUUGCAGGUGUUGGAUUUGCCUGAACAUACAAGGCUGCCAUCGACUGUGAUUAAGCUCACAAGGUUGAUGUACCUACGUAUUGGUAGGGGAUCAUGGAACUAUGAUCCUCCAGAUGGGAUUGGAAACCUGACAUCACUGGAAGUGCUGGGCAGGAUCAGUGUUUCCUCGGUAAGCAUUGUAAAAGAGCUAGGCAACAUGGUCAAACUGAGGGAACUUAAAAUUUCGUUUGAUGAUUUGUGGCUGGACUUGGAGGAAGCUUUUGUGGAGUCACUAGGGAAAAUGCCAAAGAUCCAGCGGGUAGAAAUUGUUGCCGGCGAUGAAGAUUCUUCAACUCCUUCAAUGAAUCUUUUGGGGGAACGUUGGGUGCCCCCGGGAUGUCUGCAGGAGUUUGCCAUGUUUGACGAUGCACUAUUCGAUACGCUUCCAACAUGGAUAAGGAGGAAUCCCUCGCAUCUGUCGCGGCUCUUCAAGUUAGACAUCAGUCUCUAUGAAGUGCGACAGGAGGAUCUGGACAACCUUGGAAGGUUACCUGCUCUGGGUGUUCUCGAGUUAAGCUGCUCCUACGCACGAAAACGCAUGCUGCACAUUGGUGGCGAUGGUUUCCGUUGUUUAACAUCAUUCUACUUAUAUUUUGGUGUGGAUGGAAAUAUCGUGUUCCAGCCAGGAGCUAUGCCCAAGGCUGAACAUGUUGAUGUCACUGCACAUUGGGCGGUUGUAAAAGAGGAAGCAUCCGGCAACAACGGUGCUGAUUGGUUUGACCCAGGCAUAGGCAUGGGGAACCUGCCGUCCCUUCGGAAGGUUAAAGUCAGAGUCGACUCUCAUAAAAUGACGGUCGGGGAGGCCAAGCAAGCCAAGGCAGCGCUGGAGAACGCACUUCGUGCCCAUCCUAACCGUCCCCUGUUUUGCGUCGAGUUCAGGUGGUCCAUAAAAGAAGGCGCUCAUGAUGACGACCUCUGCUAGUGUGGUCGCAGCGAAGAACGUUCGUGCAGGCCGUCAAUGUCUACUGGAGACGCGCUUUUGCAAACUAUAUGCGUAGCGCAUGCUGCAAUAUUGAUCAACGCUCGUUACUCACUGAGCUUAUUUCUUGGCUUCACAAAAAAAAUGGAAAAAUUGUAUGAAAAAAAACAAACAAAAUAUUCAUUGAGUACUAGUUGAUCUUAUUUCCUGGCUUAAGCAAAAAACAUUAUGAGGGGGAGGGAUUAUAUGAAAAAAUACAAAAAAUAAUUGGUCUUUGGUGGUUUUUGUGUUAUUUUUUUAUCGCUCUACUUUCUCCAUCAAAAAAAUGAGCAAAUAUAUUUAGUUAUUACCAUGCUCUUUUAGUUUCCUUGAUUUUUAUUGAUUAUUUCUCAAAGUAUCUUUUGUCCAUUCUUUUUUUUUUGCUAAAGAUGUUUUGUGCAUUCUAAGUAAAGAAACAUGUUUGCUUUGUAGAGUCUAGAGGCAUGUUAUCUUGAGGAAAAAUCCCAAAAAUAUGUAUGUGUUGGGUUUUAUGGCAUUGUUUCUUUUCUUUUGGCCGGUGGGUGGAUUUAUUAUGGGAUGUGGGGGUGGGGAACUCCGCCUAUGAAAUUAAUUUUAGGCAUACGCUUAAUAUUAUUCAUAGCCGGUCCCAAGCUCGGAAAAAGGAGGAGGGUCCAACCCAAUAUAAUUUCUAUUUAUCCCUCAAAAAAAUCAUGGUUUUUUAGUAUUGUCGGGUUUUUUUCAUAUCCUAUUGUUCAUUUCUGUUUUGAAGGGUUUGUCAUUAGAAAAACACAUCUCUAUCACAAUGUUUCAAGGGACCAAAUUUGUUAUGUUUUCAUUGUUAAUGUGUGAUUUUUUUUUUUGGUUUUUAUAAAGCUUAGUAAUCAAAACUAAGUAACAACUGUCCAUAUCGAAUGUGUGAUUUGCAGGAUCAGGAAUGGAUUUCUUUUUUGAAGCAUUUGCGGGAUUACUUGUACUUUAUUACAAGGUCUACAGUCAAAGUUUGAAUUAUCCUCCCUGGCACGUUCUCAAUUGCUGUUCUGUUUAUGUUUGUAUAAACAGACAAACGAUUCCAGUUUAACACCAAAUAAGUGUGACGUUCAGUUGAAUUUGUUACACACAUAUUCAUAUUACUUAUUUUGAAGAUUAUAGUAAGGAGCCUAGAUUCUAGUCUCGCCCCUGGCCCUCGAAAUCUCAGGACCGGCCAUGUGGACACCGACACCGACGGCUCCAUACUCUGCCCGUCGUCGUUCAACUCCGUGGUCGGGAUCAGGCCGACCCUCGGGCUCACCAGCCGCACCGGCGUCGUGCCGCCAUCACCCCGUUGCAGGACACCGUCGGGCUGAUUUGCCGGGCGGUGUCGGACGUGGUGCAUGUGCUGGACGCCAUUGGCGGCUACGACGAGCUGGACGCUGCGGCCACCGCAGCAGCAUCCAAGUUCAUCCCUCCCGGCGGGUACGGGCAGUUCCUAAAGAAGGACGGGCUGAGAGGCAAGAGGACCGGUGUCCCCCGGGAUUCUUCCAAUCAUACGCAGGCACGCAACCACCGUGGGUGUACGAGCAGCACUUCACAACCAUGAACUCCACUCCACUACAGCAGGAGCCCGGUCCCUGCUGCUUCUUGUCCCCGACUCUGAACAGAGAAUGGCCUAUGCACAAUGAGCAGGAUAUGGUACUACUCCACCAUGAAGUCGAGGUGGAGUACCCCGACGAGCAACCCACCGAGAAGCACCAAGCGACGAAGCUGGAGUUCUGAAAGAUUGAGAACAGCAGGUCGACCAGCGCCAUGGCCCUCACUGUCGGGGUACUGGCAGCGAUAGGAGCCCUGCUCUUGCUCCAGAACAAGGUUCAGAGGAAAGGGGUGAUCCGGCCUCUGGAACCAGAGAUCUACAUCCCAGGUAACCAGGUCCACCCGCCAUCGACUGUUGAAGCAACCACGAACGUAAAGAAAAACCGACGGCUGACCAGACGCCAGCAGCCAAAAAAUACACUGUCGCUACACCAGUAACUGGAUCGUGCGGUCAAAAACAUCAGGCGCGCUCGAUGCCUCUGGUUAUGCGGGUUGUCUAGCUAGGUUUAUAUGUUCAAUUUUGUUGAAGGAAACACGGGGUGUGGUGGUCGACAACCUGCAUGUCACCAAUCCGACGGCUCUGUUGGAUGAUAUCAGCUCCAACGAGGGGAUUUCAAUGCAGGCAGAGUUCAAGCUGAGCAUAAACGCCUACUUGGCAGACUUGGUCUGCUCCCCGGCCCAUUCGCUAGCAGACAUCAUAGUUUUCAACAACCAGCAUCCUGAGCAGGAGCGGAUGAAAGAUUUUGGGCAGGACGGCCUUAUCGCAGCCCAAAAUACAAAGGACAUUGACCCCGUGGAAAGAGAGGCAAUACAACGGCUAAAGGAACUAUCAGCUAAUGGGCUGGAGAAGCUGAUGAAGGAGCACCAACUAAAUGCGACAGGAGGAUCUAGACAACCUUGGGAGGUUACCUGCUCUGGGUGUUCUCGAGUUAAGCUGCUCCUACGCACGAAAACGCAUGCUGCACAUUGGUGGCUAUGUGCAGUGCAGUUGACACUAUUCCGAAAGGCUUGAAGCAAAUUAACAAGCA